GUACAUAAAGUCUGCAAAGGUGCGUAAACUGAGAUACGACACCGAAUUCAGUAGCGAUAAUGUCGUGUGAUGAGUUAUACCUUCAGUACCACGGACUGUUGCUGCCCAAUCUGACGCACUCAGAGAAGAGCUUAAAGUUUGUGCGUGAAUUUAAGUUUGAAGACGACGACGUUUUAGCUGUUACAUUUCCGAAGUCCGGUACAAUUUGGAUGCAGGAGAUUCUUCCUCUGAUCCUGAAUGAUGGAGAUCUGACUCCAAUCCAGACGAUCCCUAACUAUGACAGAAUCCCAUGGUUGGAGGAGGAGAGGUUAUCUGUCGUAAUGGACCAGCUCAAAUCUCCCCGCGGGAUGGUUUCGCAUUUCCCUUAUGAGCUCAUGCCUGCAUCCUUUCAUCAGUCUAAGGCAAAGGUCAUCUAUGUGAUGAGGAAUCCCAAGGACGUUGUUGUUUCAUUCUAUUAUUUCCAUCAAUCUGCAUCAUUUCUGGAAGAUCCGGGAACAUUUGAGGAGUUUUUGGACAAAUUUCUUGAGGGAAAAUUGGCAUUUGGAAAAUGGACAGAUCAUGUAAAAAGCUGGAGAAACACCAAGCUUGGAGAUCGCAUCAUGUACAUCACAUAUGAAGAAAUGAAGGAGGAUCUGCCUGCUGCUGUUAGGAGCAUGUCCAGUUUUUUGGGGAAGAAUCUGAGUGAUGAAGUGAUCAAUAAAAUAGCAUACCACUGCAGCUUCAAUACCAUGAAAAACAAUCCCAUGUCAAACUUCAGUCUGAUACCAAAGGUUUACAUUGACUCUGACAAAUCUCCAUUUCUCAGAAAAGGCAUCAUUGGAGAUUGGAAAAAACACUUUACUUGUGACCAGGUGAGACAUUUCAGCUCCACUAUCAAGAAAGAGCUGGAGGGAGAGAGCUUCACUCUGCCGUGGAACCUGGACUGAUCAAUAUAUCUAGUCUUUUAAACCUUUAGUCAUCAUUUCAUUAAUAAGAAAAUCAUGUAAUUUUCUCAUUGCUGCUUUGUAUUCCCAGUAUAUAUAAUAUAUAUGUGUAACUUGUGCCUUUUUCUACACAUUUUAACUUCUUUCAUUAGCAUUGACUAGCACUGACAGGUGAUAGUUUAUGUAACUCCAAGUGUAAACAUGUCUUUCCACUCUCCUGCGGCAGCAACUAAAAAUUGUAUUCUGCUAAGUAAUGUCUAAAGGCCAUAUCAUUAUAUCAUUACCAGUGAUGGGGAAGUUUAGUCGAUUAAUCAAUUAUGAUUAUAAACUGUAUUUUUUAAUCUGACAGGUGCUGGUAAACCAUCUUGUUUUUUUCUUAUUAUGAAGCUAAAUAAAUGUAUUAUUACUAUA